UACUAGUUCCACUUUUACCAGUUAAUUUUUGUUCAAAUAAUCGAUUACAGACCCUAAAUUCUGGUGAUUAAGGCUGAUUAAGAUUAUGAUUUAUUUCAUCGUCUCUCGAACGACAAAUGCAUUAAGCAUUUUUGCCACACGGGCACCAAACUUUGAGAUUGACAAAUGAGUGAAUUAGUUUUUUGUGUAAUCUAAUAGGUGGCAGAGGCGAUCGUCGUUUUAAUCAUCUGUUUGAGUUUCUUUCUCUGAGUAAUUUGUUUUGAUUUAUUUCUUGUGUUAUUUCAAAUUUAUUGAUUAUUGGAAACUUUGUUCCUAUCAUAUCAUCUUUUGUAUUUUUGUCCAGCGGUCAACAUGAGUAAUAGUGAAGCGAUAAAAGGAGUCCAGAGUAUUAGAAAUGGUUUAAGAGAAGAUGUCAACAAUCUAAUCGAAGAUUUUGACCGAAUGGCCAGUGUUCGGUUCGUUGAUUUCUCUAGGCUCUGGAAAGAAAGACAUUUAUCGUGGAUCUUCACCUACAAAUUGAAUAUCAUUGACAUGAGAGAGUUCAUUGAAGACGCUUAUCAGAUUAUCUUGGACCAGUUGAAUAGAUCAGCGAAACCAGAACGGGCUAUUUUAAUACUCUACCUGAUUUAUUGUUUCUACAUGUGUCAACCAAUUACUCCAAAGAUUCCAAUCAAACUCAAUUUAUCGAAGUUCAAAGCUUUUCGUUAUCUGUUCCAAGAAUCUCGAGUCAAUAAACAUUUAGAUGCCUGUUACAUUUGGAUGAAGCUGUUGUCUCUCGGUGCUUUUCAUAUGGUCGAUCAAACAAAGGCUUAUGGGCCACUCGCAAUGAAAAAAGAUCCGACACUCGGUGCAUCUUCUUCUUCAACCAACAAUUUUUCACUCGAUCGCACAUGUGAAAUUCAGACUGAGAUGGAAAAGGUGAAAAAUUUACAUUAUUCUUACUUAGCACUGAAGGACAGUCUAGAAGGUCCUGAUGCUGAAAAUGUAAAGGCACUGGCCCUCGUUCGUGAUGAAUUUUUCGAUCAAUUCGCAAAUAUACUGGAAAAAUCAGCAGAAGAAGAAUCAAAUUUAAACAAUCAAGAAGAAAGUAGCGCGUUAGUCCCCUAUUAAAGGCACCAUGACUUCAAUCAGAGAUGUCGGUCAACCAUUUCCAGCCCUUUGGUUCAUCAUUCAUUCAUUGAUGAAUAAGUAUCAUCCCUUGAAAGAAAUAUAAUAAAGAGGAAUGAAAAUGAAUCCAUGAAAAAUA